AGGCGGGGUAAACUUCGUUAUCAACACCUAAAACUUUUCAUAAAAUUAAUAAUUGAAUGUUCUAUUAAUAAUGUCACAUUGAACACACGAUAGGUGUUACUAAGGAAGCUUCAAGAGGCGGCGCUUGUUGUGAGGGGAGGUAAUUCGAUAAUCAAAAUGAGCCGUUCGUCAACUUCUGGCUAUCUUAUAGCUGUGUAUAUUGUCGUGCCAGCUGUGGUGAUCCUACUCGCCGUACUACUACUAUACAUCUAUUGUACUAAGCGACAUCGUCUCAAUUGGUACCAAAAGACAUUGCUUGAGGAAUAUGACAACGGAACUCUGGGACCGCUCUUGUCAGAAGGGUCAAAGGCUGGCCUGAUGUCAGGAAAAGGUCGUGGAAUGAGAUCUAGUAGCUUAAAGACUGAAUGGAUGAUUUACGUGAAAAAAAUGGGAUCAAGUCCCAGCUCUCCGACAAAUGAUACAAGUGAAAAGUUUUGGGUUCCUCCUGCUGUUUUGGAACGUAAACGAGCACAAAGUUUGGUGCCAUCACUUUCAAGACAGGAUUCCGAUGAAGAAAUUAGUUCGGGAGUAUGUACACCCGCGUCCAUUCCGGGAUUACGUGAAUUCAGCUUCAAUUUUCCCACAGAAAAGAUUGUCACCCCCAUUAUGAGUGUGGAUGGGUUACCAUCUACGCCGCCUCCUGCUUAUACUUCUAGAAGGCGAGCUUCGAUGCAUGAUGCUAUUGACUUAACCAAAAUAGAUGCAAGGCUUUAUGAGAAAAAGCCUUUGGUUCGGCAAACAUCGGUGACAUCAAUUCAAGAGGACAACCUCGGAAAUUUACAUUUUAGUUUAGAAUAUAAUAAAGAAACUUUAAUCUUGACUGUUCGUUUAAUACAAGCUCAGGACUUGGUGCCCAGGGACUGUAGUAGUACGUUAGACCCCUAUUGCAAGGUGUCGUUGCUUCCCGAUCGCCGAGGGGACUUACAAAGUAAAAUUCAUCGUAAAACAUUAAACCCUAUAUUUGAGGAGGAUCUAAUGUUCGAGAUUGGUGCUAAUAAACUUCCAUCCACCGUUCUGGAAAUCUUAGUGUACGACUAUGAUCAGUUCUCACAAGAUGAGUGUAUUGGACAGCUUCGGGUUUAUUUGGAUAGUUUGGAUUUAAGUGAAAAAAUCAUUUUAUGGAAAGGAUUACUACCUCCCGACAAACCAAAAGAUCAUGAAGACCUAGGCGAUAUAAUGUUUUCAAUGUCCUAUCUACAAAGUGCUGAAAGGCUGACGGUCGCUGUGACAAAGGCUAGAAAUUUACGACAUCCUGAGGAUGGCAAGUUAUCGUUAGAUCCAUAUACCAAAGUUACAUUAAUUUUACCCAAUAAAAAGGCAAAGAAGAAGAAAACGAGCACAUCACAUAUCAAUUGUAACCCGGAGUGGAAUGAAGCACUUGUUUUUAAUUUACCGAACGAAUCACUAGACACUAUAUGCAUUGAUAUUGCCGUGUUUCACGAUAAUAAAAUAGGCAAUGAUGAGUUACUUGGGCGAGUGAAAUUAACAUCUGAAUCAGACGGGGAUGAGAAAGCUCAUUGGCAGGAUUUGGUGGAUUCUAAAUGUGCUAUGGCGCGAUGGCACCAUCUGUCCUGACAUAAGGUUGGUGACUGUGACGACAAAUCUGAUACACCUAUGUGUUGGUAAAGUUUCGUCAGUGGAAACAUAAGUUCCUGGGCACCUUGGUCAUUCUCUCUCAAAAUAAGCACUUGUUUCACACAAAGCUGUAUGAUAAAGUAAGGUAACACAAACACACAAAACGUAGUAAACUUAUAAUCGACACGAUAAGUGAUUAUCAGGUUAAUGAAUGAGGGAUUAGAUUAAAAAGAUUGUAUUAAAAUAACCCACGGGCCGUUGAAGAACCGUGCGUAAAUAGCUUUGUGAACAUUGGCAAUUCUAGAAAUUGAUCUUUUAAUUUUCGACAACGUCAACCCUAUGUACCCUAAUAAUAAGGUGAUAUCAAUGGUAAGUUGAUAAAUACCUAAGAUAUCUUAGUUAAUGUAUUCAGAGAGCUACAAGAACACUAAUAAUUUAACAUUUUGUAAGUUUGAUUUUUUUCCCAUUUUGAUUACACUAGGGAUUGAUGGUAUCGUCUCUAUAAACAAGUAGUUAGAAAAAUUAUUGGGUCGUGCAAUUCCUAAUGGAUAUGUUUCAUAUGGUCGUAAGUUAUUAUCCAUAUUCUUAUCUAUAUUACGAUAAUAGCCACAGAAGCCAAUUAAAGAUAAUUAGACUUCCGUUAUUAAGAGGACCUGCGAGCACAUAUUUCCCCUGAAUUAUCUCACUAAAUUAUCGGACACCAUAAUCAUAUUAUAUAUCUCCAAAAGCUAAACAACCGUGGCUUCUAGAUUUAUGAAAACUAAUACCAAUAAUUGAUCACUUAAUUUUGUUCAUAAAUCUGAAAAGAAGUGCCAAAAUCAAACUGGCAGUCGAUAAUGUCUGAUAUACGAAUACAGCACUAGUAAUGCAGCUUUCGUAUAUAAUUUAUUCGCUAAUUCUCGAAAACUUGAAAAAGAGAUCGAGGAUUAACCCGUUUAAUAAACUUUAAAAGUUUGUGGGUUUGUUUAUUAGAUUUAACUAGAGAUUAUUUAGAAAGAGAAACCGGGGUUUUCAGGAACUUGGCUAAUCAAAGUAGUUAGUUUAAAAGCACUCCUGAAAGUAUCCCAGUCCUAGAGAUCAAGAGCAUCAAUAACAGGGCUUUGGGUUGUGCGUGGAUGUUAGAUCCUGGAUUGUCUGGAAACUCUAUUAACAAGUUUUGUGUCGCAGUCACUAGAUUUAUUUUUAAUACUUUUUUUGAACCCAGUGUACACGGGUUCCUUAUUUUUAAUGGGAAACACUACUCACAGAUCUGUAAAUAUGGUGGAAAGUCGUAUACAAAUAUAUUGUGUAAUUUAAGCCUGUUCUGUUUACAGAAUAAGUAUUGACAUAAACAGUACGGAACAAACUGUUGAUGAUAUAAAUGGCACGGAAUAAGCCGAUGAUAUAAACAUCACCGAAUAAGCUGUUGAUACAAAUAGUAUGGGAAAGGCUGUUGAUAUAAACAGUACGGAAUAAUAUUAUACUUCAACCGUCAAUUAUUUGAGAACUAUUCACUUUGAAGUGAAUAAUAUAGAGCAUCGAUAAUUUGUAUAAUCAGGUAGUCUGAUAUCCAUCAAAUACGACAUCCAAAUACGACUAAAAGCUGUCCACUACCGGGACGUUGAAUCACUUAUUAAUUAAGAUAACUAAUCAUUGUAAUAUAUUUUGUCCUCUCUGUAUAUUUCGCACGGUAUAUUUUCGUGUAUGGAAACCCUAAAUAAGUGAUAAAUUGUCUUUAUAUAAGUGGGCGCACCUAUUGGGUUAAAACGUUUGUGUGCACUGGCAGUUGGAAAUCGAUAUAAGAGUAGGCGGUGGCGUCGCUGUCCAAGCAAAAUUGUCCUCAUAGCACACCGCAUGGCGUAUGUCAAUCUUCAAUAUUGCGGUUGGUGUAGAAAAUAAGGACGUUAAACACAUUUCAUUCCAUCUCAUAAUCUGUUGUGGUGUACUUUUUAUAUUAAAUAAGGGAGAUGCCUUUCGCGUUCUGAAACAUCAUAACAAGUUUGAUAAUAGAGCUACUUGGCUAGAGACACCAAUUACAAUAGAAAUAUAUAUGAUUUCAGUUUUGAUUUUCCUAAAUACUGGUCAUAAGUGCUCAUCUUUGGGUUUCAAAAUUAAAGAGCAACACUUGAACGCCAAAGCAAUUAAUAUAUUCAUAUUGAUAAAAUUAAAGCAAAUGCAAAUUUUAUUAGGAUUGUAGAGCUGUGCCGACAUUUAAAGUUGAUUCCAUCAAAGAUUUUUACUUAAGUGACCAUUGAUUUGGAGAAGCCGCGUUGGAUUUCUCAAUCAUUGUUCGAAUUCGAAGAAGAGAUGGCAGCGGUCUGGCAACUCUUUUCGUCGCAUUGUGCAUAUCACAGAAAUAAAAUUACUUCAUAUCAGUCUCAAAAUGACCAAAGGAAAGUGUCGACAAAGCGUUAAACACCAUUCCAUUUAACUGUUUGGUUUGCAUUGUGGCACCACUGACCACACGUAAUUAUAUAAAGACAUACAUGUAAUUAUUUGUAGAUAUAUAAUUAACAAGGAUAUAUAUUUUGUAUAUGUAUAGUUGUAUAUUGAACAUUGUUAAUCUAAGUACAACAUUGACCCCCUUUGUCAUAUCUGUGAAUUAUGGAUUUUUUAUAUGUAGAUAAUAUAUUGUAUAAACAACCCCAAAACGUGCACGAAUAUAUUUUAUUGUUAUAUUUUCUAUACAUGUGUGUUCUUUAAUAACCUUUUUUUGUUAUUUAGGUAUGCAUCAUUUGGAGGGUUUUUUGUUAAUGGAUUCGACGCUUUAACACCAUCAUUUGAGGGAAUUUAAAAUCAUUACUCUUUAGCACCAUUUGGAGGGAAUUUGUUUUAUAUCAUAACGCUUGAACAACAUUAGGAGGGAAUUUGUUUUAGAUUAUAACGCUUUGGCAUCAUUUAUUUUAGAUUAUAACGUUUUAGUGCCAUUAAAUUGGGAGGUUUAUUUUAGUGAGGGUUACGACAUUUUAACACUGUGGGAUUUGUUGUUUUAUUCCAGCCGUUAAUUGCAUAUUACAACGGAUUAUUCUUUACAGAAGAAAUAACUUUGAUAUGGUUUAGCUUGUUCUUAUUCUCAUUACACUUUGGAAUGUUUCUCUUUAAACAAAAAUAUAUACGAACAGUUUUAAAAUGGCGCGUUGUCUUCAUCCAAUAAAAAAAUAAUAUUUUUAUAUAAAAAAACACCUCGCAUUAUUUUAUUUGUUUGAAAUUGUCAACUUGAGUCAACAUUUAUUAAAUAUAUAAUUCCUAUCUUCCGACUUCUUACACUAGGGUAAGUGCUUAACGCUGUGGGUGAAUCGAUGGGGAUUAUUUUUAAUUCCUUUAAUACCUAUACAGCUAAUCGAAUCUGUCCUAAAUGAUUUUCUGAAAUUAUAAUUACAUGUUUCCU